GCAAAGCAUUUCAACUUCUCUACACAAGAAUAGAGUUCUAAUAACCCUAUCUGUAUAUCUGCCAAAAGAAAAGAGCUGCGUGGAACUGGGAAGCUGGAUCAGGGAGAGAAGCUGUGAAGGCUGUAGCUUGACCUUGCAGAGAGAGAUCACUUCUACAUUAGGAACACGUCUAAAAAUGGCAUUGUGGACCAAAUCAUCUGAGAAUACUGAUGACCAGUGUUACUUUGACCAAACAGAUACUGUGAAGCUGGAUAAUCAGUCAUUGGCAUCACUACUACCACCUAGUCAAUCUUUGGUAGCCAUUCAGAAGAAGUUGAAAUUCACAGUUGCUGCUCUUGCUCUUCUUUAUAUUAUUGUUUUGGCCUUUCUACUCAUUUUUAUUGGGCUUAAAGCUAACACAGCAGUUAAAGAUGGGAAUAAUGUACAAAAAAUGGAAGCAAGUCAUCAAGACGAAUGUGAUUUUAAAGAACCAAAUGAACAAAUGUUGCCUGAUUUUUCCAUUAUUCAACAUGAAUUUGCUCAAAACAUUUCUGAUAUUAAAUAUGAGCUGUCUGUAAAAUCAUCACAUCUGCAAACAUUAAAUCAACUGUUAAACCAAACUUUAAUGCAAAAUCAAGACCGUGACAAGGUUGUCACGGAAAUUCAGAAAGCACUGGAAUCCCUGCAAACAGUACUGGGUCAUUUUCAGACGGAAAUACAUUUGCUCAACUUAACAUUUACAGAAAAUGUGUACAGAUUGCAGGAGGAUAUUGUGCAACUCAAAUCACGUUUCCACAAUGCAUCAUCGGAUAUUUCUAAUGUGAAAGAACAGUGUACCUCCCUGGAUAGGGAAAUGAAAGAAGAAGUGCAAUUAUUAAAUACAAUCACAAAUGACCUCAAAUUAAAAGAUUGGGAGCAUUCAAUAACAUUGCAAAAUUUAACACUAAUUCAAGGUCCACCAGGUCCAAAAGGAGAACAUGGUGAGAAAGGACUGAAAGGUGAUCCAGGUGACCAGGGACGAGAAGGUGCGAGAGGCUACCCUGCAAGUAAAGGAGAAAAAGGAAUGCCUGGAUUGCAAGGGUCAAAAGGAUCCCCAGGAAAUGCUGGAGAAAGGGGUCAAAAGGGAGAAAAGGGUGAGAUGUCUUACAGUAGUAGUUCAUCGGCGCCCACUGUUCGGCUCGUUGGAGGACUUACUUCUCGCCAAGGAAGAGUUGAAGUUUUGUACAAUGGAGAGUGGGGCACUGUGUGUGAUGAUCAGUGGGACAUUUUAGAUGGGAGAGUUGUGUGCAAAAUGCUGGGCUUUUCAGGUGCUCUUAGAGUCCACAUGGGACAAAGCUUUGGGAGAGGAACAAGCCGAAUAUGGAUGGAUGAUGUCCAGUGCACUGGGUUGGAAAGUUCAAUCCAUGGAUGUAAAUUUAAAGGAUGGGGAGUCACAAACUGCAAUCAUAAUGAAGACGCUGGGGUUACCUGUUCAUGAUUUUACAAUUUUUAAAGUUAACGUUGCUGUUAACAAAUUAUAUUUAAUUUUAACUCCAGUGUAAACCUCAUUAUUAUUAAUAUUGAUCAUAUCUUGGUAUCAUUAUUUAAUCAUUCGCAAUAAUGAAGGCAUUGACGUAUGAUUUUCUGAAAAUGCAAGGCAACAAUUAUUGGCAUUUAGUAGGCAUUUUCUAAUUUAAUUAUUUGCAAAAAAUAUUACUUUAAAUGGACAGUGUAGGUGCAAGUUUCUUGUAAAUCAUGUUUUUUGCAAGAUACCAGGUGCAUGCUUUUACAAAAAAAAGCAAAAACAUAUUAGUCACACUAUUCUAUCAUAUUUCCAGUUAAAAGUGACGAAACACAAUAGCAAUAUGCAGCUGUAUCCUGUAAAUUAUUGUAUCAUGUUUUCAUAUUGCUGAAAGUGAGUAAAAAGUACAUGCAUGCGUAAUAAAGGCAAGGUUCUCAUCAAUUCUAUUUAAAUGAAUGCAGUUUCACUGAGCAUGUAUGUACUUGUCUCUGCUUCCUGUAAACUCUCUGCUUAUAUGGGGGUAGAAGAAUUGGCUGAGAUUAAAAACCUUAUGACUGGGAAAGUAUAAGAGCCUGGAGGUUAUCUGAAAGCUGAAAGACUUUCAAAUGUGAAUUUUGUAUUAAAAAACCUGUAUGUGCAUAAUUUCUAUAAAUAAAAAGGGCAUUAAAUCUG